GACCCACAGCUGCUGGCGCAGUUCUACCAUGCGGACGAGGAGCUGAGCCAGGUGGCCGCCGAGCUGGACAGCCUGGACGGGCGGAAGGACCCGCAGCGCUGCACGCUGCUUGUCAGCCAGUUCCGCUCCUGCCAGGACAACGUGCUGAACAUCAUUAACCAAAUCAUGGACGCGUGCAUCCCCCAGGACCGAGCCCCCAGGGACUUCUGUGUCAAGUUCCCCGAGGAGAUCCGCCACGACAACCUGGCCGGCCAGUUGUGGUUCGGCGCUGAGUGCUUAGCCGCCGGCUCCAUCAUCAUGAACCGCGAGCUGGAGAGCAUGGCCAUGCGGCCGCUGGCCAAGGAACUGACCCGCAGCUUGGAGGAUGUGCGCGGGGCCCUGCGCGACCAGGCGCUGCGGGACCUCAACACCUACACGGAGAAGAUGCGGGAGGCGCUCCGGCACUUCGACGUGCUGUUCGCGGAGUUCGAGCUGAGCUACGUGUCGGCCAUGGUGCCCGUGAAGUCCCCCCGGGAGUACUACGUGCAGCAGGAGGUCAUCGUGUUGUUCUGCGAGACAGUGGAGAGGGCCCUGGGCUUCGGGUACCUGACCCAGGACAUGAUUGACGACUACGAGCCGGCCCUCAUGUUCACCAUCCCUCGGCUGGCCAUCGUGUGUGGCCUCGUGGUCUACUCGGACGGACCCCUGAACCUGGACCGCAAGGUGGAGGACAUGUCCGAGCUGUUCCGGCCCUUCCACACGCUGCUGCGGAAAAUCAGGGAUUUGCUGCAGACGCUGACGGAGGAGGAGCUGCACACGCUGGAGCGGAACCUCUGCAUUUCGCAGGACGUGGAGCUGCCCGUCCGGGCGGACGUCCCGGCGCCCCCGGCCCUGGCCCCGGCCGAGCCCAGGCGCGCAGACGCGGAGCUGGCCUGCUCGGUGCAGAACGACGACCAGGAGCUGGAGCAGCUCAGCCGCCUGGUGCACAGCGCGGGGGACGCCAUGGCCUCCCUGCUGUCCCCGCCCAGCGCCGGCCCUUCCCCCGCCCACGGGCCGGGCGCCGCGGCCAGCCCCCGCGGGCGGGCGUCCCCGGGCCGCGCGCAGCUGCCCCCCGCCGGCGACGAGGAGGAGGGGCGGGUGUUCUUCAUGGAGGACGUGGACGGGGCGCCCGAGGCCCCGGGCAGCACCGGCGGCGGCGUCGACCCCCAGGAGACGGGGGAGGGCCGAGAGGCGGGGGUCGGCUCGCCGGCUUCGGCCAAGCGGGAGGACGCGAGCAACAACAACAGCCUCGAGGGCGCCGCGCUGCGGGCGGCGGCCCCCAAAUCCUGCAGCUGCCUGGACUCGCGGCCCCACCUGGACGGCUGGGAGGCGGGCGCGGAGCACGCCGAGACGGCCGAGCUGAUCGCCCACCGGACCGGGGGCAUGAAGCUGUCGGCCACGGUCAUCUUCAACCCCAAGUCGCCCGCCUCCCUGGACUCCGCCCUCGCCCAUCCGGGAGUCCCGGGAAACGGCGUUCCCGCGGCGGCCGAGGGGACGGCUGGCGGCCCCCACAGACUCAGCGCCACGGCCACCAACUGCCUCCUCAACUCCUGCGUCUGCUGCGCGGGCUGCGCGGGCGCCGGGGAGGACGCGGCCGCCCAGAGUCUGCGGGGCAAGUGCGGCUCGGGCGGCGUCAUCCGCUCCGCCAAGGUGGGUGCCAAGGGCUCCGCCGCGGGGCCACUGGAAGCCCUGCCCGCGGGCGCCCCGGACCCCGCGCCCUCCGAAGACGCCCCGGGCAGGCCGGAGCCCGAAGCCCCUGCUUCCGACAAGUGCCUGGCACACAGCUCAGCACCCCCGGGGGAUGCGGCGGACAGGCUGCGCGGAGGGGUUGACGGCUCCCGUCAGCAGGAGGAGGCCCCGGAGGAGCAGAACCUCCAUGCUGGGACCCCGAGGAGCCACCAAGCCCCUGUGUCUCCUUCUCCAUGCAGCGGCUCCACGGCUGGUCCCUGCUCCCCAGACACGAACAGCUCUGAGUCGGCGCCCGUGGCCGUCAGAGAGAAGAUGCGCUCCCGGUUCCACGGCAGCCACGACCUGAUCCACCGCCUGUUUGUCUGCAUCUCAGGCGUGGCCGACCAGCUGCAGACCAACUAUGCCAGCGAUCUGAGGAGCAUUCUCAAGACCCUCUUCCAGGUCAUGGCCACCAAGCCAGAGACGGAUGACAAAGAAAAGCUAAAGAAGGCCACCCAGACCCUGCGGAGCGCGGCCCUGGAGGACUGCACCCUGUGCCAGGAGACCCUGUCGUCCUCCGAGCUGGCCGCCAAGACCCAAGACGGAGACUUGGAAGACCCGCCCGAGUGGGUCCCGGACGAGGCCUGCGGCUUCUGCACCGCCUGCAAAGCGCCUUUCACAGUCAUCCGCAGGAAGCACCACUGCCGCAGCUGCGGGAAGAUCUUCUGCUCGCGCUGCUCCUCGCACUCGGCGCCGCUGCCGCGCUACGGGCAGGUGAAGCCGGUCCGCGUGUGCACGCACUGCUACAUGUUCCACGUCACGCCCUUCUACAGCGACAAGGCGGGCAUCUGA